AUGCAAAAACCAAAGUGCAAGGAUCUACUUUCUUUCCAUUUAUAUAUCUCACAGAGUCCAACCCAUCUCUCCCACUCUUCUCUACUAUCAUUCAAGGAAGGCAAAAGAAGCAACAAUGGCGUUUCCCCUUCAUGAAUCAAAGCUUCCCGUAUUACCACUUGCUAUGCUGGUUUUUAUCUCCAUCCUCAGCGGAAGCUUGCAUGCAAGUGACCCUCCUUUAACUUUGGACCACUAUGCUUCGACAUGCCCCGAUGUGUUUGAGAUUGUCAAGAAAGAAAUGGAAUGUGAAGUUCUUUCUGAUCCACGUAAUGCAGCUUUGAUAUUGAGAUUACAUUUCCAUGACUGCUUCGUUCAGGGGUGUGAUGGUUCAGUAUUGCUAGACGACACAAUCACCUUGCAAGGGGAAAAGGAAGCUUUAACAAACACAAACUCUCUGAAAGGAUUUAAAAUCAUUGAUAGAAUUAAGAACAAGAUCGAGUCCGAGUGCCCUGGAAUAGUCUCUUGUGCAGAUAUCCUCACCAUCGCCGCAAGAGAUGCAGUCAUUCUGGUUGGUGGACCAUACUGGGAUGUUCCUGUGGGAAGGAAAGAUUCUAAAACUGCAAGUUUCGAGCUCGCAGCAUCAAAUCUUCCAACAGCAGAUGAGGGUCUGCUAUCUAUCAUGACCAAGUUCCUUUACCAGGGCCUUUCAGCUACUGAUUUGGUAGCUCUUUCAGGGGCGCACACUAUUGGCAUGGCACGUUGUGCGAAUUUUCGAUCAAGGAUUUACGGGGACUUUGAAACAACUUCGGAUGCAAGUCCAAUGUCUGAGACCUAUCUCAACAGCUUGAAAUCGACGUGCCCAGCUGCUGGAGGAUCUGGGGACAAUAACAUAUCAGCGAUGGACUAUGCCACGCCUAAUCUUUUUGACAACUCUUUCUAUCAAUUACUAUUGAAAGGAGAUGGACUGCUAAGCUCAGACCAGGAACUGUACUCAAGCAUGCUUGGGAUCGAAACAAAGAAUCUUGUGAUAAAGUAUGCUCAUGACUCCCUUGCUUUCUUUCAGCAAUUCGCAGAUUCUAUGGUGAAAAUGGGAAAUAUUACAAAUCCUGAUAGCUUCGUCAACGGGGAAGUUAGGACAAACUGCAGAUUUGUGAACACAUGAAGUGCCAAACUGCGAGCUUGCGGAAAGUAAUUUGAUUUUAUAUUAUUUGUUUAUCAUGUCAAGAAGUGGAAAGUAUAUGUAAUAAUAUUAGCCAUUGGUUGAUAUUAAAGCUCGAAUUCUCUUUUAUUCA